CGUCCCUCGUGGGCUGAGCAUUCCGCAGCUCCGAGGCAGCACGGCGAUUGGACGCAGUCAUCAAUUGGACCUGCAUCCUGGCUGCUGGCGAGACCGUCGUAAGCUCGUCAGUUUGCGCAUUCGCGCAGUUGCAGGAAGUACUUCUUGAUGGAUGAUGGAUCCUUCAGGCAGACGUUUCUUCUGCCUUUUGCUCCUACGGCUUCCCGCGACAGCUGUCCGUCGUCUUCCGCCACGUUUCUUGUUCUAUUUUUCUUCUGAGCACGACGCCCAUUUUUCAAUUGAGAUUUCGUUGGAUUUCGAGUUUGCGCAAUGGAGGCCAUGGCGUGGAGCGAGGUGCAGUAUAAGCAUGCCUCGCUGCCGAAGCUGAGGAUGAAGCAGGAGUCGAAUAGAAGAGACUCGUUGAGCUCGUCGAGGACGGGCGAUUCGGGAUACAAUAGCGAUCCAGAUAUCUCGCUGUCUCCACUGGACUUCGUCGGUCCUGAUCAGCUUCCUCAUAUACCACCAACGUUUGCGUUCGACUCGUCAUCACUACUUCAAUUGAAGGAGAGUGCCUCGCCCAAGCCUCAACGCUCAGCCGGAGGCGCACACAGUUCGAUUCUAGUCAAGAUCCAUAAAGACAACCACAAGGAGCUACCAACACACAAGGCCGACGUGACCAGCAAUCCGAGCGCUUCCGCGGAUAUCCCAAACGGCGCCAAACUAGACUGGACAAACGCAUUCAAGAAGCCUAUCCCAGAAUCCGACCCAGCCCAAAUACCAACCCUCGCUUCAUCGCGCAACGAGGACGUAGAGCAGUGGGUCCAACAUAACCUCCAUCCUCAAGAUCGCCCCAAGGAACGCAACUCGUCUAUUGUAUCCCUAUCCUCUACUGGCAGUUGCGACAUGUAUUCCAUCACAGACGUCAGCGACGACGACGAGGACCCCGGGUUUCCCCCAACCACGCUAUCCAAGGCUACUAGGAAGACCAUUGAGCUCGUCAUGCGGAAGAUCGAGGUCAACCUAGGCUAUGUCGCUUACGUCCAGUGUGCCGGCAACCAAGGCUCAAGAGGACAAGGCACCAGCAGUAACACUUCACGUGCUGGUCGCGGUGCACCUCAAGGCUCUGGCGGCAAGCGCAAAGCCCGCUCUGAUGAGAACUCCCCACCCGAUGAUCCUGGUGACGAGGAUUCGAACAAAAGACGGCGGGUAUCCAUCACGACGACGGAAGACUCUGAAAGCGGCCCGCGAUUCGCGUGUCCGUUCUAUAAACAUGACCCGAAUCGGUACCGCAACCGGCGCACUUGUCCCGGUCCAGGAUGGCCAACCGUGCACAGGAUGAAGGAGCAUCUAUACCGCUCUCAUGCCCAACCCAUCUACUGCCCAAGGUGCUACGCCAUGUUCGACUCAGACGGCGAUUUCUCUAUGCAUCUCCGGUCUCAUCCCUGCCAAAUAUCCGCGCCACAGCCGAUUGAAGGCAUCGACCGAGAGACUCUGGCGAGUCUGAGGAAGCGGUCUCCUGCGCUACGCCUUGAGGAGGACAAGUGGAGAGACACUUACCAGUUACUGUUUCCCGAGGUGUCGGCUGCGGACAUUCCUUCUCCUUAUUACGACAGCGACUCGCCCACCGAAGAGUCUCGUCGCUUCCGGCGCGAGCUGCUCGAGCGAGUCCGACAAGAGCUUUUCGCUACCGCAGAGCAAGAGUCCGGUGCGGUUGAGCAAAGACUGCUUCGACAGGUCGCUGGGAUCAUUCAAAGAUGCGAGAACGAGCUUCUGGCGUCAUUCUAUCCCACACCAGCGCAUUUGCAGCCGGCCGUACCGACCAGCCGCCGGAUAUCCGCCGUAUCAGCGCAGGGAGAUAUUGGCACCAUGCCUCCGCCUCCCUCGACCCCGGCACACCACACACCAUCAUUCCAUACAGCGCAACCGGGGAGCAUGAGCCCGGGGACUCGCCACCCGCAUCCGCCCUCAAUGGAUGCAGCGCCCCAACAUCUCCAAGAGUCGCAUGCUCAGUAUUCUUCCCUCUUUGCGUGGAACGAGCCUUUCCAGUUCUCCUCCAGUGAGUGGAUAGAUUGGAAUGUUGUUUUUCCGCCAGGGCCCGAGGUGCAGGUCCCACCGGAGCGCACGGAACCGCUGCCGGCGCUGUCUACCCCUGUGUGGACGUGAAGGAGCCAUAGAUGCUGCUUUGGAAAUGCCUGCGUGGCAUGGCUCAAUAGUUCUUGUGUACUGCAGAUCUCAUCGGGUUUUCGAGACUAAUGAAUAAUUCAAGAUAGUAACAAGAUCGGUACUUGAAAGAUCUGUGUAGAUAUGUAACAUGCAAGACCC